AUGGUCAACUUUGCGCUGGCCCUCGCAGCUGUAGCUGUCUUGCCCCGGACAGCUCAGGCUUUGUAUGAGAAUGGGUCUGUUGUCGCUCCUUGCGACUCGCCCAUUUACUGCCAUGGCGACAUCUUGAAAGAAGUUGAACUGGCAAGACCGUUCUCAGACUCCAAGACAUUUGUAGACAUGCCUGCAAUCAAGUCCCUGGAAGAGAUACAAGCAGCAUUCAACAAUCUGUCGAAACCUUUGAGUAAUAAUACUGCACUCAAUGACUUCCUACGCGCCAAUUUCGCCGCAGCAGGUGGUGAACUCAAGGAAGUACCCAAGGACCAAUUGAAGACGGACCCAAAGUUUCUCGACAAGAUCAACGAUACAGUGAUCAAGGAAUUCUCUCAGAAGGUCAUUGCCAUCUGGCCGGACUUGACCCGCACCUACGCUGGCUCUGCAAGCAACUGUACAACAUGUCCAAACAGCUUCAUCCCAGUCAACCACACCUUUGUGGUUGCCGGAGGCCGAUUCCGCGAGCCUUACUAUUGGGACUCUUUCUGGAUUCUUGAGGGUCUCUUACGCACGGGUGGCGCUUUCACUGAGAUCUCCAAGAAUGUUAUCGAAAACUUCUUGGAUCUCGUGGAAAAACUCGGGUUUGUGCCCAAUGGCGCUCGAAUCUACUAUCUGAACCGUUCACAGCCGCCAUUGCUGGCACAGAUGGUGCGCCUCUAUGUCGAGUAUACAAGCGACCGGAGCAUACUAGAACGCGCAAUCCCUCUCCUCAUCAAGGAGCAUGAAUUCUGGAUGACAAACAGAACUGUUGAAGUCAACAAAAAUGGGACUACAUACACUCUGAAUCAAUACAACGUCACCAACACACAACCAAGACCCGAAUCAUACAGAGAAGACUACGUCACUGCUUCGAACGCUUCCUACUACUCAACCAACGGAAUCAUUUACCCCGAGGUCGAGAAAUUGAACGACACCGAAAAGGCCCGUGUGUAUGCCAAUCUUGCGUCCGGUGCAGAGAGUGGCUGGGACUACAGCUCACGAUGGCUUUCUCGACCUGCAGAUGCGGCGAGGGACGUCUACUUCCCUCUCCGAUCUCUCAACGUUCUGGAGACUGUCCCUGUGGAGCUGAACUCCAUCUUGUACUGGAAUGAGAUGACCAUUGCUGCGCUACUCAACUCCACAAACAACGGCACGGGAGCAGUGGCUUGGACUGAACUUGCCACCAAACGAAGUCAAGCUAUGUACGAUUUGAUGUGGAACUCGACCCUUUCAAGCUACUUUGACUACAACGUGACAUCAGGAGGGCAGAAUAUCUACAUUCCGAAAGAUGAUGAUGCCAGCACUGUUGAAACGAACACCGCCGAAGCAGAACAACAAGUUCUCUUUUCGGUUUCCCAAUUCUACCCGUUCUGGACAGGAGCGGCACCCUCUCACCUCAAGAAUAACCCUUACGCGGUAAAGCAAGCCUACCAGCGUGUUGAGAAGUAUCUAGACAUCAAGAAGGGCGGUAUCCCCGCCACAAACCUCAAGACAGGUCAACAGUGGGAUCAGCCCAACGUCUGGCCGCCCUUGAUGCACGUUCUUAUGGAAGGUCUCCGCAGGACACCUGCCACCUUUGGAGAGUCGGAUCCCGCCUGGCGUGAUGUCCAGAGUCUCGCCCUCCGCCUCGGGCAACGGUACCUGGACUCUACCUUUUGCACGUGGUACGCUACGGGGGGUUCAACCAGCGAGACUCCUCAGCUCCAGGGCUUGACCGCCCAGAGCGUCGGAACCAUGUUUGAGAAGUACGGCGAUAACUCAACCAACGUUGCGGGUGGCGGUGGAGAAUAUGAAGUGGUUGAAGGAUUCGGCUGGACGAACGGUGUUCUCCUUUGGGCCGUUGAUGUGUUUGGAAAUGACUUGAAGCGGCCCGACUGCGGGAACAUCACCGCAGCCAACGUGCAUCCCGCCAAGAGAAGUUUGCCUCAAAGCGCGGUAGAAUUAGAUUCCUACGAUGCUUCAUGGAUCAAGAAGUUUGGUAGACGCGCUGAAGAGGCCGCAAGGAGGGUGUAG